CAAAAGGUAAAAAUAAGAUAUACAAGGUUAAAUAAAAAGACAAUUGUCAUGUAUGAUACUAUCCUGUCUGGUAGAAAAACUUCUACUAGAGCCAGUUUGAAAGCUUCUGUAUGUUUUCGACAGAUACACUUAAAACAAUGUGUUUGCUUGAGAUUUCAUACAGGAAGAAGCUUGGUUUUCAGCAUAGAUGUAGCUGCUACAGACGUCUUUGCUAUUGGUUUAAGAGAAGCAUGUGAAACAGACCUACAUAAGUCCCUUAUCAGACCAUGCUCUCUGCCUACUGAGGCAGAAAUGGGGAUGUGGACAGCUUGGUGUGUGGCUACAUUCUUCUUUGGAGCAAGAGCUAAAAUAACCCAAACAUCAAGUCUGGUACUGAAAGAAGAUGGAGAAGCUACUCUGAAAUGCAGUCAAAACGAUAAUCACAAUUAUAUGUCCUGGUAUCUGGAACAGCCAGGGAAGGGGCUGCAAUUACUCUAUUAUUCCAUCGGUGAAAAUCAGGAAGCUGUGGGUGAUACUCACACUGGAUACAAAGCUAAGCGGUUAAAUCUCUCAGACUUCUAUUUAGAUAUUGUAUCUGUGAAGAUGAACCAUUCAGCUGUCUAUUUCUGUGCCAGCAGUUUGGACACAACACUUCAAAGUCACUUGCUUUCUUUACAUAAACUCUUCUCUCCAGCACCUUCCCUCAGGAGGGAGCAGCUCUCAGCACAGGAAAAUGGCAUGUAGGCCAAUAGCCUAUUCAAAAACCGUAUGUUGCUGAGGAGUUGGACUAGAAGAGGUAAAGAAGGUGAAGUUUAAUUGCUGAACUCUUUCUGGAUCACCUGUUGAUUCUCUAUCGCAUUAGAACAAUCAUUAAAGAUUGU